ACACCCCGCUAACUAGCUAGCCAUUUCACACCGGUUACACUACAACCUGUUAGAAUUAUUAUAUGCUCAUAUUCUCUGUCUGUAUUGAAUAGUUUAUCAUCUGGUCAAUCUAAUAGGAGUGACCUACUAUUGGAGGUAUCAAUGUUAUCAUGGAGAAUUGAGAGAAUGUGUGUAGUAGUGAGAUUCUGCUGGGUCCCAGCACAUUCGGGUGUGGAAGGGAAUGAAAUUGUAGACCAGUUAGCUAAAAGAGCCUUGAAACUAGAUAUAAUUGAUAUGAAUGUUCCUCUGGGUAGAGGUGAGGCCAAAUGUAAGAUCAGAGCCAUUUUGAUAGAUGUGUGGCAGAAGAGAUAGGACUCUGAGCACCGGCAUUUAUAUGCCCUACAAAGAAAGGUCGGUGGACCAAGAUUCAAAGGUCAGAUUAGAAAAGACGAAGUGGUGUUUGCUCGAUUGCGCUUAGGACAUUGAACAUUGAACUCGUCAUUACAUCUGGUUGGCAAGCAUGUGAAUUGGUUCAUGUCUGGAGUGGAGCAUGUGUUGUUAUAUUGUUGACUUGACAGGUUUGGAGUCUAUGGACCAAUGUCGUCGCACAUUAGAACAACACAAUUGGAACAUCGAGGCUGCGGUGCAGGACAGACUGAACGAGCAGGAAGGAGUUCCUAGUGUGUUUAACCCUCCGCCGUCCAGACCCUUACAGGUCAACACAGCAGACCACAGAGUGUAUAGUUAUAUCGUCUCCAGGCCACAACCCAGAGGAUUAAUAGGAUGGAGUUACUACAUGAUAAUGCUACCUUUCAGAUUGACAUAUUACACACUUCUGGACAUAUUUAGGUUUGCCCUGCGGUGGGUCAGGCCAGACCCUCGUGGACGCGUCACAGACCCCGUGGGUGACGUUGUCUCCUUCAUCCAUAGUUUUGAAGAGAAGUACGGUCGAUCGCAUCCAGUGUUUUACCAGGGAACAUAUAGCCAGGCAUUGAAUGAUGCCAAACGUGAGCUUCGCUACUUGUUAGUUUACCUCCAUGGAGAGGACAACCAGGAUACAGACCAGUUCUGUCGCUCCACGUUAUGUACAGAGGAGGUCAUGACCUUCCUCAACACCCGGAUGCUGUUCUGGGCCUGUUCCACCAGCAGGCCUGAGGGAUACAGAGUGUCCCAGGCGCUGCGUGAGAACACUUUCCCCUUCCUGGCCAUGAUCAUGCUGAAGGACCGUAAGAUGACGGUGGUGGGACGUCUGGAGGGGCUCAUCCAAUCAGAGGACCUCCUCAAUCAGCUCACCUUCAUCAUGGAGGCCAACCAGACCUACCUGAUGUCUGAACGCUUGGAACGGGAGGAGAGGAACCAGACGCAGGUGUUGCGGGCGCAGCAGGACGAGGCCUACCUGGAGUCGCUGAGAGCCGACCAGGAGAAGGACCGGAGGAAGAGGGAGGAGCAGGACAAGGUUCAGGCGGAGGAGGAGAAGGUCCGGCAGACCGUCCUGGCCGAGGAGAGGAGGAGGAGGACGCUGGACGAAGAGAAGGAGCGCAAGUCAGAAUGUCUUCCCCCCGAGCCCCCAGCAGACGACCCCGACAGCGUCAAGAUAGUUUUCAAACUGCCUAACGACACCAGAGUAGAGAGGCGGUUCCUCUUCCAGCAGUCUCUGACGGUAAUAUACGACUUCCUGUUCUCGUUGAAGGAGACCCCGGAGAAAUUCCAGUUAGUUACCAACUUCCCCCGCCGUGUUCUGCCCUGCCUUCCCACGGAGGAGCAGCCCAACCCCCCCAGCCUGAAAGAGGCCGGCCUCAGCCGUUCCGAGGUCCUCUUUGUUCAGGACCUGACGGACGAUUGACACCUAGCUAACCCUCCAACAUGAGCAAAUCAGCUGUUCUGUUUUUACCUUGUUUCUAGCCCCCAUUUUUUUUUUUUUAAUGGCCGUUGUGCACUAGGGGUCACUGUCUGAAAUAAUGAAACAAAAACUCUGACCCUAAAUAAUUUAGCCAACCCGCCAGCCCUGAUACUGUUUUAAAAGGAGACAUGUUAACUCCUUGUACAUACGUUGGAUAUUUAAAGAACAAGGCUGAAAAAGCACCGUUUUUUUUAAUUUUUAUUAUUCAUUAUUCAAUCAAAGUUGACUCUCUAUAAUGUAAUUGUCCUGAGACGAACAAACAAGCGAGGAUUGAGUUUCCGUACUGCCUGCGGUUUAGAACGACAACACAGUUCAACAAGAAGAGGGCCACAGCUUUCAGCAUGUGGCUUUUACCUAUCUCUAGUAUAACAGUCUGCCUGUGGUGAUUUCAUAGAUGCCUAUUUCUCCUGUAACAUCAGAACGGGCUGGUCAUGUUUAAGAUGUCAUUUUCCAACAACUAUAAAUGAAACAUUUUAAAACGUUGUGAUGGUUUUGAUAAUA